AUGGCAGAGAUACUGUGGCCUUAUGAAAUCGAUCAGGGCCUAUCGCCACUUUCAGCUAAAGUCUAUUACAACGAGGUGGCCCCGAUUGGACGGGCACUGUUUAAAACGAGCGGCGAGGCUUGCCUUCUUGAUCGAGGCGGGCGGGUGUCCCACGACUUCGCAGGCCACAGCGAUAGUGGAGCGCACGAGGGGACUCGGUCACCUAGCAGCAUUGCACCUCGACUGCGCACCAUGUCCGACAGUCGCAUCUACAGCCGCCAGCUGCUCUCCAAGGGCAACGGAAUCCCGAUCUUCCUCCCGCAGCCGUUCGAGUCGUCGCCCGCCGAGUACCGCAUGCAUGGCACGCAGGUCGGGGACGUGUGCCAUAUCGCGUUCGAUGGAUCUGUCAGCGUUCUAUUCAACGUGUGCCGCGAGGCGGACGACGCGCUCAACGUCAUGGGCGUCCCCGCGGGCUUCGAGCGGCUGGCGCUGAACGAACCCGCGGAGCUCGCGCGGCGGGACGAAUGGGUUAAGCCCGGGUCAGAUAUCUGCAGCGCUGCGAUCAAGAAGCGGAGGGUUGACUUCCAGGCUGGCGUUGACGGGAACAUAUUCGUGCCUCCCUGCGCCGGCGCGUCGAUCGACAUCGAGCUCUCCAACACGUCGCGCCAGAUCGGCCUCCUGGUCCUCCCCGACGGCGCGUCGCGCACCGACGCGCUGCCGCUCAAGCGCUUCCGCAAGUACGCGAUCAAACAUGCCCGGAGCUGGUACACCUUCGCGUCGGAGACGCUCGAGCGCGAUAUCGACGAGGACGACCUGUACCUCGUGACCGGGUUCGACAAGUGCACGUCCUGGAGCGUCGCGGCGCUCGACAACCAGCACCGCGUGACGGGCCUCUCGCUGCGCUGCACCGCGGCCCAGGUCGGGACUGUCGGCGGCGCGUACAGCUGGGGGUGGGAGACCAUCAGCUCCUUCGCGAACUCGGGGCCCAGCGCCCGCCGGGCCGGCGAGGAGACCUGGCGCGACAACCAGACCGUCUUCAUCCGCGGGUUCAAGGUCGCGGUGCGGUCGGGUGUGCUGGGCCGCAAGACGGGCAGGGCGGUGUCGAUGCUGAAUCUGAAGAAGACGGAUAUCGAUGCGAUGGGGGGCCCGCGCGGCCCGGGUCUCGUUCGCAGACUGACGGAUCCGGCAUCGCUUCGCGGCCUUUUUGGGGGUGGAUCCGGUCGAAUGCGGGACGAUGACAAGCCGUAUCAUCCGUCGGAUAUGAUCAAUGCCUGCAUCCUAGAAAGUAACCCGGAUGUGGAUGUCGCGGUUACCCAUGACACGCAGUGGAUCUCGGUGUUGGAGGGCGUUGAGACCAAGAGUUUCCAACGGAUCGCGAGCUUUUCGACCGCAUCCGUGCGAAAUACGUCGCCGAGAUCUAUCUUGGUGGACGGUGCCUCGCUCAUUGCGAAUGGCGCGGACGUCUUCACCGAUGAACCAGGGUCUACAGUCGAGCAGAAGCGCUCCAACUCUCGUCUUCCUGAAAUCGUCGAUCCCCAGCUUCGCCUGCAGGUCUUUGAUGAGCUAGACACGAUUGAAAUGGGCAGUUUUGAGGGCAAGUUCGCGCUGCCUCAUGAAACUUUGAUCGGUCUGGGCGCGUCAGCACUAGAGUUGAUAGCCAUUUCGCUGGUCACGCAGAACUUUCCGAGACUCAUGGGAAAGCCUGCCAAGGCCAUUGCUGAACAGAUUGUAAACGACGCGUCAUUGAGCGAGAUUGCCAUCGAAUGCGAAAUCUUUGGUAUCUCUUCGGAAAGAAGCAGCGAUGUCUUGCGGGCUUACAUCGGCGCCCUUUUUCACGAAGACGGGUUCUCGUCCGUCAAGAACUGGUUCGAGACAUUGCUUCAGCCGUAUUGUCUUUCCGCGUACCAGAAACUGCGGGAAGAGCACUCGUCCGGGCCAUCAACACCGCAGAAGGCGACCGCACAGCAGACACCCCGAACAUCUCCAUCCGGGGCGGAGAUCUCGCAACUGCACGAGCUUAUGCAAGCUCACCAGCUAUUUGGAGACUGGCAGUACAAAUACGGGAUAUGUCGCAACGGCUUGCCGGGCUGGUUGGUCGAUGUGCAGGUGGGUAGAGCUAGCGGGCACGGGGAGGGUGCGAACAAGAAGAUCGCGAAGAAUGAAGCGGCGCAAGAUGUUCUGUGCAAGUUGCAAGGAUUGCGUUUUUCUUCUCUGGUCUCACCAGCGCUGGGAAUGGAAUCCACCGAGCACAGCAUCAGUAGCGUAGACAGUGAAGCAUUGAGAAAGGCUAAGAAGACGUUCCUUCGGCUGCUGGAGGAUGCAAAUACAGCCAAGGGGCCGGUGAAGAAGGCCGGGCUCAAGACGCGAUCGCUCAACGCAUCCGAGGAAUCUGCCCUCAACGACUUCGUCGCAUCCUUCGGCUGCUCUAUGGAAGCGCGCUACCUCACACGGGCCGAACAGAACAGAGUGGACAGGCGGCGCAAGGCGUGCAGCUAUCACACUUGGUUCACCAUCACACCGGAAGCACAGGAAAGAUUCAAAGUAUAUUCGACGCAGCCUACAUCCAGUCCAGCGCAGGAUCCCUCACCCGCUCGAAUGAUCAAAACUGUCGUCGUCAGCACCAGCGUGAGGAGCACCAGCGUGGAGAGCACCAGCGUGAAACAGGAGGAUAAGGCUUGCACACCGCCCAGCUUCAUCCGGUCCGCAUCUCCCCGCUGCUUGCAAUCAUCAACGGUGGCAGAAGACGAGGCACAGUCGAUGAGUGUUCUCUCAGCCAAGGGUUCGAAGGUGACGAUGGACUUGCCCAAGUUUGACUCACUCUUCGACCGCAUCACGAGUGCUGUGUUCCUGCUUCCCUCGAGCACCGAAGUCGGUGAGGGAAAGCGCGAGCAGAUGCAGGUCGCGAGGGAAAUUCUGAUGGAGGUUGCACAAGAGAUGCGGGUGGCACGACCGCUGAAACGGAAGUUCGGGCAGCAGGAGCUUGAAUGAAGGAGGCAAGGCUUGUCUGAUUCUUCCACUUCCUUUUGAAUCACACACUACAACCAUCGCGAUCAAAUUGAAAUCGAUUUUCGCUACCAGUCACAUAUCACAUGGCCGUGACACAAUUCAAAGCAUUGCGCUCCCGGGACCCGCUGCGUGUUGUUUGAGACAAAUGUAGCUGGAUCCCUCACCUUGACUCCUCUUCGUAUCUUCCCGUUCCCUCUCUAUGUCUCGUCACCAUCCAAUCCUCACGAAGGGUGGAGUUCUGGCUGCGGUGCACUCGGCUGUCCUUCCAUGAAUACAAAGAGGAAGGUCAUUUAUGGUUCUGCGAGAUUUGCCAUCCACCACUACCCACCACCACCCAUGCGAUACUACUCGUCCGCCCAGAGCGCCCCAGCAAUGACCAGCCCGAUUCCCUCGAACCCGGAAUACAUGGCCAUCGCCCAGCCUGAGACCCUCAGCAUCCCCCGCCCGGCCUUCCAUGCGCCGUUCUACAUGCUCCACGGGCUCCCCUUCUCCGCCCUCGCCCCGGACCUGCGCCAAUUCCUCGUCUCGCACGGCAUCGUCGACCCCGCCGGCGCGCCGCUGGACGACGGGUCCGCGUCCAGCGUGACCGCGCGGUGUCUCGGCGCGUCGCUCAUGCAAACAGUCGCAUCGCUGUGCGAGCGCAUCGCGAACCUCACGCUCGAGUACAAACUCCUACGCGCCGCGGAGGCGCACCAGAUGGUGUUCCUGCCCCCUGCAGCGCAGCGCAUCGAGAUGCUGCAGUGGGCCAUGUACCGCGUGCUGCUCCCCGCGCUCAGCUUCCACGUCUGGCGCCACCUGCACCUCGCCGACGCGCUCGUCUGGGCGGAGCUCGCCGCGACCCCGGAGGCGCUGGAUGAGUUCGUCCAGGCGGGCAGCGGAGAUGGCGAUGGCGUCGAGUGGGGCGUGCAGCUGUUCCGGUACGCGCGCACCCGCGAGCUCGUCGAGCGUGUCAACACGUAUCUGGUGGACCUCUACGCGUGGGCUGCGUCGAAGUGGACCGAGGGCUGGCGGUGGGAUGGCGCAAGCUUCUUCCGGGUGCACGUCCUCCCGGCGUCUGUGAUGACGUACUCAUCCCCGGCCUCGUACCCUGCCAGCUCCUUUGCGCCGUCGGCAUCGUCCACGCCCUUGUCCGCGCUCCUGGACAUGCCGCUGACCCCUGAGUCGCUGUCUCCCCCGCGCUCGGUCUCGCCGGCGUCUGAUCACGAUGGGUGCCAUGCCUUGCUCAAGGAUGCCGUCGAAGCGCUCUUGCGGUGCGAGACCGUGACAGAGGUAGAGGGUGGGAGUGACCCGGAAAGUUGGGUCCCUCGCCCUCGUGUCUCCCUCGGCAUGUCGGGCCGUGUCCCGACUUUCCACGGUAGUCGUGAGCCGGAAGAGACGUGACCGGAGCUUUGGAAUCACUCAUGUGCAUGGCUGUCUAUUUAAUGCUCGUAGUUACAUGAAUCAAUUUGUAUCACUGAUUAUAACGAAAUUAUAUGCUUGCUCACAUCAAGCAACCUUUUCAAAG